AUGAAGAUAGGAUUUUGGAAUGUGAGGGGCUUUAACCGGCCUCUCAAACACAAUGGGGUCGCCCACCUCAUUAAGAAUAACCGGCUUUGUCUCUUGGGCAUUUUGGAGACAAAGCUAGCAGCAUCUACUAUUCCGAAGAUUCUAAGUCGCUCAUUUCCGGGAUGGUGCCAAACCAACAACUUUGACACCAUCGCCGGCGGACGUAUCCUUGUGAUUUGGGACCCGGCAGUGAUUGACCUACAUCCGAUUGACAUUUCGCCCCAAGUGAUCCACUGCCAUGCCACGAAUAAGUCUUCUCAACUCUCCUUCUAUAUUUCAUUUACAUAUGGUCUUUAUUCUGUUGUUAAUAGAAGGAGCAUGUGGGAUAAACUUACUGAUUUGGGACAAGCAAUUACCAUGCCAUGGCUUAUUAUGGGCGACUUCAACUGUGUGAAAUCUCCCGAGGAGAAGCAGCUUGGAGUGGCACCGACCUGGUAUGAGCUUAAAGAUUUUGUGGACUGUUGUGUGGCACUUGGAUUACUCGACGUUCCCACGCUGCUAUGCUAUUACACAUGGUAUUCCAACAACGAGAGCAACCCCGUAUGGUGCAAGCUCGAUCGGGUCUUAUACAACAAUGAAUGGGGCCGGCUUGGCUUGCAUUGCAGUGCCCAUUUCAAUCCACCGGGAUGCCUUUCCGAUCACUCUCCGGGUAUUAUUUCUAUCUUUGAUCAUACUCCCACUAAGCCAAAACCGUUUCGCUUUUUCAAUAUGUGGGCAGAUCAUCCGGAUUUCUUAGCUACUGUUGAAGCAAGAUGGAACUUGAGCGUGGAUGGGACGCCGCAAUUCAGCCUUUGUAGGAGACUGAAAACACUUAAGAGCGCGCUCAAGGCUUUCAAUAAGCAGCAUUACAGCCAUAUCUCUGCCAGAGCCACAGAGGCUGAGCUUGCCUUGCAAGAAGCCCAGAACCGACUUGAAUCCAAUCCGGGAGAUGUGGCGCUAGGGGACUCUUUGGGAGAUCUUAGGAAAAAGGCUGUCUUCCUUGCCGAGGCCGCACGGCACUUCUUCUAUCAGAAAGCCAAAAUCCACCAUCUUAAGGAGGGGGACCGCAACACCAAGUUCUUUCACGACAUGGUGAAGCGAAAUGUCUCUAGGAAUUCCAUCGGGGCAAUCACUAGGGCGGACGGGACCGUUAUCACUGCGGCCGAGGAUAUUGCACAAGAGUUCGUUGAUUACUACACAUCACUCUUGGGCACCGAGGCUCACACCCUCCCUGUCGAUGAUGGUGUGUUUGAAUGGGGUCCCCUACUUACCCCUGAGCACACUAUGGAGCUUUGCCGGGCAGUCACGCCAUUGGAAGUCAAGGAUGCCAUCUUCCAUAUUAGCGACAACAAGGCUCCCGGCCCUGAUGGAUAUUCCUCGUGCUUUUUCAAGAAAGCAUGGAACAUCGUGGGUGAUCAAGUUUGCAGGGCCGUCUUGGAUUUCUUUAGGUGUGGGCGGAUGCUACGGCAACUCAACCACACUAUCAUUGCCCUCGUGCCUAAGUCAGAUCAUUCCACCUACGUUGCGGAUUACCGACCGAUUUCGUGCUGCAAUGUCAUUUACAAAGCCAUCAUGAAGAUUAUCUCGGACCGGCUAGCUCCCGCAUUGGAGCACUUGAUUGACCGAUGCCAAGCUGCGUUUGUUGUGCUGCAAUGUCAUUUACAAAGCCAUCAUGAAGAUUAUCUCGGACCGGCUAACUCCCGCAUUGGAGCACUUGAUUGA